AUGUCGGGAUGGUCGAGUCCCGUGUUUCGGGAGUCGCUGGAGGCGCUCGAGGACCCGCACACCAGGAGAGGGUCCUUGGCCGCUCUCAGGCGAACGGUCAAAGACGUGGCUCCGGAGGUGAUGCCGCGGCUGCUGCACCACGUGGCGGAGACGACUGUGCGCCACACCAGCAGCAAGCGAUAUGCUGUGUCGCUGUUCGCAGAGUGUGCGCGCACGUACGGGCAGCAGAUGGCGCUGCACGUGCCCAAGGUCAUGACGGCGCUCGUGCGCGCCCUCGCCGCGGGCGCCGCCGCCGCCAACGGCAGCAGCAUGGCGAGCAGCGGUGGAGCGGCGGCAGCGGCAGGAGGCACGCCGGGCGGUGGCGGCGGCAGGAGCGCGGCGUCGCUGCACGCGGCCUGCGCGGACGUGGUGGUGGAGAUGGCCACGCACUGCGUCGCGCCCCCCCACGACCCCACUGCCGACUCCGCAGCCGCGGCGGAGACUCAGAUAGGUGCGCUUCCCGCUGGCGAGGCAGUGCACGUGCGGGGUCGUGCAGGUUCCCACCCAUUCCCCAUGCUCUCUCAUCCCACUGCCACGCUCUUCUGUUCCGAUUUGUUCCAUGAUACGAUGCUGGCGGCCAUCUGCGACCCGCUCGCAGCGGAGCUGGCAGAGCAGCACCACCGCCACGUGCAGCAGCACCACGCACCGGGGGCAGGCGGGGGUGGAGGGGGCGGGGCGGUGGCAGCAGGGGGCGCGGAGCAUGACGCGCUGGCGGGCGCGGCCAGGUGCCUGCUGGCGCUGCAGGUGCCCAAGGAAUCACAGGAGGGGGCGUUCAAGGCGCUCACAGCAGCGCUGGGCGGCGUGCACCGCCCGCUAGCGCUGCUGCAGCUGGCAUGCGACCUCUGCCACCUCGACGCCUCGCUCGCCAAGUGUACGCCCCAAGCUGCGUGUGUCAGCUCCUCUAAGUCCGUGCCAGCGUCCUCUCCACUUGCGUCCUCUCCACUUGCGUCCUCUCCACUUGCGUCCUCUCCACUUGCGUCCUCUCCACUUGCGUCCUCUCCACUUGCGUCCUCUCCACUUGCGUCCUCUCCACUUGCGUCCUCUCCACUUGCGUCCUCUCCACUUGCGUCCUCUCCACUUGCGUCCUCUCCACUUGCGUCCUCUCCACUUGCGUCAUCUCCACUUGCGUCAUCUCCACUUGCGUCCUCUCCACUUGUGUCCGCACUCCAGCUGCACUGUGCGUGCCUCUCACUUCCCGUGCAUCCCUCCUUUUGUCCGCACCCCUUCCCUCGGUGCCAGUUCCACGCCAAGACGCUGCUGCGGGCGGGCAAGGAGGUGCUGCGGGGGGCGGCGUCCGUGGAGCACCGCCUGUACGCCGUGCGCCUGCUUAAGGACGCCAUGCGCAGCAGCUGCAGCGCGGCAGUGUUUCAGGCGGAGCUGAGGGACGUGGUGGCGCUGCUGCGGGAGGCCGCCAACCACCCCAAGCUCAAGCCCGACGCGCUCGCCGCUGGCAAGGCCAUCCAGGACAAGAAGAAGCACUGCCCCAGGCCAGGCGCCACGUCCUCAGCCAGCAAGGCAGCAGCGCGCUGGCGCCCCGACACUGCCCCGCGCGCGCCACACGCCCACCCCGCGGACGGGCCUCGCCAUGCCACGCCUGGUGCGGGCAGCAGCAGCAGCAGGAGCCCAGCGUGGAUGGGUGGUGAGAGUGACGAGAGCAAGGUGGGUGAGGGACGACAGCACGGGUGGCAGCAGGAGAGGCGGGCAGAGGGCGAGGGAGAGGGAGAGGGCCCCACGUCGCCCACGCACUCAGCUGCAUCCUCCUCCGCUGCCCGCACCGCGCCCCUCGCCAUUGCCCCUGCCGUACCUGCGCUCGCUGCUGCACAAGCUGCCUCACAGCCAUCGGAGCCUCCUCCACGCGACCCCACGCUCUACUUCACCCCCCUGCCCGCCCUGCCCCACCACGCCUCCUCUCUGCACUCCUCCACACACGCAGCAGCAGCGGCAGCAGAAGCGGAAGCAGGGGGGGCGCAGGGAGCAGCGGCGUCAGAGGGGAGUUGGGCGUUCCAGAGUCCGCCAGGGCAGUUCACGGCCUUCCAGGCGCGGGGCACCGCCACCUUCACCACCACGGCGGUGCAUGGCAGCGCCCUCUCCGCCACGCCGCCCCCCUCCGCGCCCUACUCCGCGCGCUCGCCCGCCUCCCUCUCACACCUCGGCCCCUCGCCCUCCCUCUACCUCGGCCCCGGCGGUUCCACUCAAAGGAAAGCUUUUGUCUCCCCGGACCAUGGUGUGGCCAGUGAGAGCCCGGACGACAUGCGGUCGGUGCGGCGGAGGGUGUUUGAGGAGGAGAUGGGGGCGAGGGAUGUGCCCCGCAGCACUGUCUCACCUGACCCCGUGCCCUUUGGCUCCGCUGGCCAGUCGUUUGACUCGAAUAUAGUGCCACAUGAGUUGCGUGAGCAUGCAGCACACGAGGCAUGGAGGGGCCCGGGGGGGAGAGGAGCCAGAGUGGUGGAGCAUGGGGAGCAGGAGAAUGCCGGCGCUGGGGGCAGCGGGCACAAGGCCAUGGGGCGGGCUGCUGCUGCCAACGGUGCUGGCAACGGUGGGCGGGAGUGGAGCCCCACGAGUGAGAGCAGCAGGGGCAACGCAAGGAGCAGCCUGUCGCCCAGCACGAGUGGCGAGGGCCGUGAAGCGGUGCGAGGAGGCAAGGCCAGGUCACCACACAGCCGCGGCAACUCGCCCCUCUACGAGCUCGCUGCUGCCUUCGUGCGCGCCCGCAAGUCGCCCGACCUCUCUGGCAGGCUCGGCACGUUUAGCCUCACCUCCGGCAGCCCUGACCAGCUGGGGGCGUACCGCCUGGGGGGCAGCAGGAUGGCGGGGGGGGCGCUGGGCGGUGCUGCUGGUGGGGGGGGCGGCAGAGGGAGCCCCAUGCGCAUCACUCUCUCAGGUGUGCCCCCAUGCGCAUCACUCUCUCAGGUGUGCCCCCAUCGUGCUUUCAUAGACUCAGCCCAUGCGGGACUCUACUUGGAGCGCUCGCGCCACUUGACCUCGCCCUUGCCCUCGCCGCCCUCGCACUCACAGCCACCAGGCAGCCGGCAGGUGGGCACAGGAGGGGGUGUGGGGAAGGCGUCAGGGCAGGCGGGCUUCCUGCUGCACCUGCCCCCGCAUGCCGGCACAGGCGCCAGCGCACAGGGCGCACGCGAUGGCGCGGGCAGCAGAGCAGGGGCGGGUGGCAGUGUGGGCAUGGGCAGCAGUGGGGUGUUUGUGCGGCUGAGUGGGGACGUGGAGCAUGGCGGGGGGGCCGCACGGGCGUCAACGGGCUGCAAGGCGGCAGGGGAGGGGGGGGGUGGCAACGGCAAAGGGGCCGUGCUGGCAGCACACUUGGCUGUGCAGGCAGAGAACACGGGGACCCAUGGGAGUGGUGUGCACAAGGGUGGGGUGGAUGCGAGCGAUGGCAAGGAGGGGGCAGUGCAGGCGUCAGCAGCGGCAGGCAGCUCCCCUGGCAGCAGCAGCAGGGCACGCGAGGGCAGCAGCAGCGGGGCACGCGAGGGCAGCAGCAGCGGGGCACGCGAGGGCAGCAGCAGCGGGGCAGGCGAGGGCAGCAGCAGCGGGGCACUCGAGGGCAGCAGCGGGUGGGAGGGGUCGUCGGGCUUCUGCCGCCUCAUCUCCGACGCUGAGGUGGCCUCCGCGCUCGCCAGCAUGCGCGCCACCCACGCCCUCUCCGCCCUCAGUCGACUCAAAAGCACUUCCUCUUCCUCAUGCUCUCCACCCUUUUCAUCCCCGCACCCCGUCCACGCUUUUGAGUCGACUCAAAAGCACUUCCUCUUCCUCAUGCUCUCCACCCUUUUCAUCCCCGCACCCCUCGACUCAAAAGCACUUCCUCUUCCUCAUGCUCUCCACCCUUUUCAUCCCCGCACCCCGUCCACGCUUUUGAGUCGACUCAAAAGCACUUCCUCUUCCUCAUGCUCUCCACCCUUUUCAUCCCCGCACCCCGUCCACGCUUUUGAGUCGACUCAAAAGCACUUCCUCUUCCUCAUGCUCUCCACCCUUUUCAUCCCCGCACCCCGUCCACGCUUUUGA